AGAUUCUCACUACGAAUGCAGAAAUUCCCACUCCAAAACUUCGACCUUCUCAUCCAUUGCAACUGCAAACUAUUUAUUGGUAUUGUGAUCAUGAUCUUUGGAUUUGGUGGAAACCAAAUGAUAAAAAUGAUCUCGAAACUUUAUUACAAAGUUAA